AUGGUAAACUUAUUAAUUACAAUUCGUAACAAUAACAAUCAAAUUAAGACUACUAGGUCGUCUUUAAAAUGUAAGAAUAGAUCACUUGCAAAGAGAUCUUUGUUGUUGUUGAAGAAGAUGAAUCAGUUUAACUCAUCAUCCUCUUUACUUCAAAAGAAUAAUUGCAAAAGCAGCAGCAAUUACAAUGCAAGAGAUAGAGUUCGCAAAAGCAUUAGAGGAGGUCGUGACAUAAGAGAGGUAAGAUUCUCUAGAUCACACACAACUACUACUACUUCUGGAGCAGAAUCUACUUCUACAUUCAAUGAGCGUGCUCAAUCAUUCGGAGUCGUACCAGUGGUGCACCAGUUGCCCGGUUUGAACCACGACGAGUGUCCAAAGACACCAUUCAACUCGACGUCAUAUCUUAUCGAUCUAAUUCAACAGAGAGAUAUGCAUUCGUUGGAUGUGGUCGGUUGUGGUGGUGAUAAGUCCACCCAUGCAGCAGACGAGGCUUACAAUGUCUUUGGUUCAAUGUUUGGCCUGAUCAGCCAGCAUAGCUGCGCAGUU